AUGCACUGCCCCCCUCCCUUGUCAGAUCACACGAGCCUCCUCCAUCAAGAGACAUUUUCUGAACAGACCGAACAGUGGCGCCCAUCGUUCCACAUCACUGCGCGCAAUGGAUGGCUGAAUGACCCGUGUGGAUUGACAUACGAUCCCACCACUGGUCUCUAUCACCUGUCGUUUCAAUGGAACCCCAAGGGGAAUGAUUGGGGGAAUAUAUCGUGGGCACACUGUACAUCAUCUGAUCUGCUCACCUGGAAACAAGCCCAGGAGCCGUGUCUAACUCCCUCGGCCGAGUAUGACAGGUGCGGUGUGUUCACAGGUUGCCGGAGACCUGGUACGAUCUAUGGGGAGUCUGGGGCCCUCACCACGAUUUAUACUUCAGUGAAAUGCUUACCCAUUCACUAUGCACGACCCUAUGUGGCCGGCUCCGAAUCGAUCAGUCUUGCGACUUCCACCGACGGAGGGACAACAUGGCAGCGUCUUGAAUGCAACCCAAUCGUGCCAGGGCCCCCUGAUCAUCUUUCCGUCACAGGCUGGAGGGACCCUUUUAUCGCUCAAUGGCCAUUUAUCCUACAACAGCCGGGAGCCCUAGCAUCUUCGGAUCUGUGUGGGUUCGUUUCCGGGGGCAUUGUCGGAGAGACCCCGACUGUCUUUGUCUACUCAGUAAACCCACAGGAUAUGCGAGAGUGGAGCUAUGUAGGAUACUUGGCUCACAUAGGACUUCACUCUCGACCAUCCCGCUGGUCGGGCGACCUAGGGGUCAACUGGGAGGUUGCGAAUUUCGUCUCGCUGACGGACGACCAGAACCGACCCCGGAGCUUCAUCAUCAUGGGGGCCGAGGGCGUGUCAACACGAGGCAAGCCUCGGAGAAGAGCAGCCAGAGCACAGCUUUGGAUGUCCAUCGAGCCCUCUCCCGGAAUCGGGACGCAACAGCAGCCCCUUGCAACUUAUGCCUAUUCGGGCAUCUUUGACCACGGCUGCGGAUACGCGGCCAAUUCGUUCUGGGAUCCCGUCACCUCACAACACGUUGUCUACUGCUGGAUCGCAGAAGACAGUCUCUCCGAUAAAAUUCGGCAUCAGCAGGGAUGGAGUGGGACACUUUCCAUCCCUAGGGUCGUGAACAUAAUGACACUGCACCGCGUGAUGCGCGCGCGCUGCGCGGAGCUCACCGCUAUCACAUCUAUAGAGUCCGAAGCUGAUUUCAGAGGAACGUGCACCGUUCGCACCCUGGGUAUUAGACCAGAUGCUAGAAUCGAGAAGCUUCGAAGCAAUGCGCACAGAAGCCACCUAGCUAAUAUGUCUCUACAAAACCCGGCCAAGCUAGCUGCAUCACUAGGCACCAGCGUCUCUAUAACGACGAGCAAGUGGGAACUUCAAGCCGAGAUAUCCGUCAGAAAGGACUGCAGCCAAGUGGGACUGUUCAUAGAUCAUGGCAUAGAUGCUCAACGUCGUACUACUUUGUCGUGGAACGUACAUCAAGAGACGUUCAUCAUCACCCGCCCUUCACCUCCCGCUCCUGAGAUAGACCAUGACCCGGAGAGUGCGCCGCAUACUCUCUUCACUUAUGAGACCGACCAAGGCGAGCCACGGGAGGAGACGCUCCGGAUCCAUGCAUUCUGGGAUACCAGUGUACUGGAAGUCUUCGUCAACGAGAGAACGGUCAUCUCGACCCGAGUCUACCUCAUGCCGGCCGACCAAAAGCGAUCCAUAUUGCAGUUCUUCGCAAUGGGGGGAGAUGUUCAGACACAGCCUUCGGUGGAGGAUAGUCCUGCCCUUCUUUUAGAAGCAAAUAUAUGGGACGGACUGGUUGCGACAUGA